AUGUAUGCAAGGAUAAUCAAGAGUAGUAAUCAGAAGUGGGGUUCAGUCUUCAUGCCUUCCAUACAGUCAAUUAAGACAAACACCAUGGAUCAGGCUUGUGCUCGAUCUCUAGUCCAUACAGCCGCAGUGCGAGUAUGCAACACCAAAAGAAGUUCAUUAAGGAAAUAUCAGUUUAAUUCAUUUGCAUCAUGUGGCAGUGGUAGUUAUUUUAGUAGAAGGUUCAGCACAUAUCCUAAAAGGUUGCAGUUCCGUGCAUAUAGUUCGGAGGGUGAUGGACGCAAUACAAGUGAGGAUAAGCGUGCGUCUCUAAAUGGUGCACCUAAUUUUGAUGAUGGAAAGGUACAGCCUGGGAAAUUUGGAGGAAAUCCCAGAUAUUGUGACACACAUGCUUGUCUAGGGGAACAAGAUCAGAAGGAUUGGCUUAGUAAUGAGAAGCUGACUGUAGAAGCCAAAAAGAAGGAUUCGCCUUUUUUAACUAGGCGUGAGAGGUUUAAAAAUGAGUUCUUGCGGAGGGUUGUUCCUUGGGAGAAGAUCCAUGUCUCUUGGGACACCUUUCCAUACUACAUCAAUGAAAAUACCAGAAAUGUUUUGUUGGAAUGUGUCACAUCCCACCUAAAGCAUAAGAAUUUUACUGCAUCAUAUGGGUCUCGUUUGAAUUCUUCUAGUGGCAGAAUAUUGCUCCAGAGCACUCCAGGCACAGAGCUUUAUCGGGAAAGAAUAGUGAGAGCACUUGCACAAAAGUUAGAAGUUCCUCUACUGGUUCUUGAUAGCAGUGUUCUUGCUCCUUAUGAUCUUGAUGACUGUUCAUCUGAGGAUGAUGCAGCAGAAUCAGGGGAGGAGUUAGAGUCUGAGGUCGAUGAAGAGAAUGAAGCAGCUAAUGAAGAGGAAUUGACAAGCAACGCUGAAGGAAAAUCGGAAGGUAGUGAUGAUGAAGCAGUUGAUGUGGCGGCAACUGCUGAGGCAGCCCUCAGGAAGCUCAUCCCUUACAGUUUAGAAGAAUUUGAAAAGCGAGUCGCCGGAGAAUCAGAUGCCUCUCCCGAGGCUUCGAAAUCUGAUACUGCUGAGCCUGCUGAUAACUCCAAAAGGCCUCCCAAGAAAGGUGAUCGGGUGAAGUACAUUGGCAGUUCAAAUUCUGUUGAAGUGGACAGCAGGAUCAAAUUGGGGAAGAUACCUACAUCUGAUGGUCUGAAAAAUGCUUUUACAGUAAUUCAUGGCAGGCCCCUAUCCAAUGGUCAACGUGGUGAGGUUUAUGAGGUCAGUGGCAAUCAAGUUGCUGUUGUUUGGGAUAUGUCUAAUGAUAGCCAAGCAAAGGAAGGAGAGAUACAUGAGAAGCAUGAAGAGCCAUCUGGAAAGGCACCAAUACAUUGGAUAAAUGUUAAGGACAUUGAGCAUGACCCUGACGCGGAGGCCGGAGAUUGUUAUCUUGCGUUAGAGGCAUUAUACGAGAUCUUGCAGAGCAUGCAGCCUCUCAUUGUAUAUUUCCCAGAUUUUUCACUGUGGUUGUCUAGGGCCGUACCCAAGGACAAUCGCAAAGAGUUUGUCCAGAAGAUGCAGGAAAUGUUUGACCAGCUUUCUGGUCCUGUUGUCAUGAUAAGUGGUCAAAACAAAGUUGAAACUGGUUCGAAGGAGAAAGAGAAAUUUACAAUGAUACUUCCAAAUUUUGGACGACUGGCUAAGCUGCCUCUUCCUCUGAAGCAACUCACUGAAGGUCUGAGAGGAACUAAGAGAUCCAGUUACAGUGAAAUUAACAAGCUCUUUACAAAUGUUUUGCGUAUUGAUCCGCCCAAGGAAGAAGAUAUCCUUAGAACGUUCAACAAACAGAUUGAAGAGGAUAGGAAGAUUGUGAUAUCAAGGAGCAAUAUAAAUGAAUUACAUAAGGUUCUUGAUGAAAAUGAGAUGUCAUGUGCAGACAUAUUGGAUUUAGAUAGUGACGGUAUUGUUCUGACUAAGCAGAAAGCCGAGAAAGUUGUUGGCUGGGCCAAGAAUCACCAUCUGGCUUCUUGCCUACUUCCAUCUGUUGAAGGGGAAAGAUUGGUUUUGCCUCGCCAAAGCCUUGAAGUUGCUAUCUUGAGGUUGAAAGAUCACGAAAGCGUAUCAAGAAAGCCAUCUCAAAGUUUGAAGAACAUGGCAAAGGAUGAAUAUGAAACCAACUUUGUUUCAGCCGUAGUACCACCUGGGGAGAUUGGUGUCAGAUUUAAUGACGUAGGAGCUCUCGAGGAUGUGAAGAAGGCCUUGAAUGAACUUGUUAUUCUCCCAAUGAGGAGGCCAGAGCUUUUUUCUCAUGGGAAUUUGCUGAGGCCUUGCAAAGGAAUAUUGCUUUUUGGACCUCCUGGAACUGGGAAGACUCUGCUUGCUAAAGCACUUGCCACAGAAGCUGGGGCAAACUUUAUCAGCAUAACAGGCUCAACUCUUACAUCAAAGUGGUUCGGAGAUGCUGAGAAGUUGACAAAGGCCCUUUUCUCCUUUGCCAGCAAGCUGGCUCCUGUAAUCAUAUUUGUUGAUGAGGUUGACAGUUUGCUAGGUGCGCGUGGUGGUGCAUUUGAGCAUGAAGCAACAAGAAGAAUGAGAAAUGAGUUCAUGGCGGCAUGGGAUGGAUUAAGAUCCAAAGAUAGUCAAAGGAUCCUCAUUCUCGGUGCUACAAACCGACCAUUUGAUCUUGACGAUGCUGUGAUUCGUCGUUUACCUAGGAGAAUAUACGUCGACUUGCCUGAUGCUGAGAAUCGUAUGAAGAUCCUGAAAAUAAUCCUAGGAAACGAGAAUUUACAAACGGAUUUCCAGUUUGAAGAACUUGCUAAUGUAACUGAAGGAUACUCUGGGAGCGACUUAAAGAACCUCUGUAUUGCAGCAGCAUAUCGACCGGUGCAAGAAGUCCUAGAAAAAGAAAACAUGGAACAUGACAAUGCUCAAGGUCCAGCAUUAAGACCGCUCACGUUAGACGAUUUCGUUCAGUCAAAGGCUAAGGUUGGUCCCUCCGUUGCAUUUGAUGCCGCGAGCAUGAACGAGUUGCGCAAAUGGAACGAACAAUACGGGGAAGGAGGAAGUCGGCGGAAGUCACCAUUUGGUUUUUGA